UCCAAUUGUUGUAUAAUGCUUGUGGUGGUGGUGAAACAAAUGAUGUUUGUGAUAAAGCCUGUAGUGGUGAAAAGAAUGAUGUUUGUGGUAAAGCUUGUAGUGAUAAAGCUUGUGGUGAUAAAGCUUGUGGUAAUAAAGCUUGUAGUAAUAAAGCUUGUGGUAAUAGAACUAAUGGAGCUUGCAAUAGUGAUAACGAAGACACUGGAGUUUGUGAUAAUGGAGCUUGCAAUAGUGAUAACAAAGACACUGGAGUUUGUGAUAAUGGUUCUUGUAAAGAAAAUAUUAGAGUUUGUGAUAAUGGUUCUUGUAAAAUAGAGGUGCGUGAUUUUUUAAACAUCUUGAAAUGA